UAAGGAACUGAGUCACCGAGUUGACCCGGAGACGCGAGGACCCGCUUAUGCGAACCACUGAAUCUUUGUGUGUCCUGAAUCUCAUAUUCCAUAUAAAUUCUGGCCUCUCUGUUCCUUAUCAGGUUUUUAUCUGGGCAAUGCUCGAAAUCGAGAUUGAGGGAGAAAAUUAACAACGGAGAGAGAGAGAGAGAGAGAGAGAGAGAGAGAAAAUGGACCUGCUGAGCUUGGACUCCAGUCCUCUGUUCGUCCCGAAAACAAUCACCGACUUUCUCGCUCAGCUCUCCGCCAUUAAAGACGGCUCUCAGAGAUCUUCAGAGCUCGAUGGGUACGUGAAGAGACUGGGCGACGAACUCAGAAAGAUUGAAGUUUUCAAGCGGGAGCUUCCUCUCUGCAUGCUUCUCCUGAAGGAUGUGAUUGAGCGGUUGAAGGAGGAAGGAAUGCGGUGGAGGCGAAUGGAAGAGCGGCCGGUGAUGGCGGAGUUCAUACCAUUGAAGGGUAAUUCUGUGGAGGACGGAGGGGCAGUUUCUGGAAAGGAAAAUAUUGACAAGAAGAACUGGAUGAGCUCUGCGCAGCUAUGGAGCACAAGCAUCAAUGUUUUUGAUUACACCAAACACGACUCUGAACUUAAACUGGGGAAUGAGGAAGAUGAUCGGUCGGCGGCGGAGAACCCAAUUGAGCUGAGUAAUAAGAAAGGCGUGGGAGGGGCAUUACUGGCAUUCAAGGGUCAGAAUGAGUUGUCUGGUUUUGCAAACCCAUGUUUGAAGGGAGACAAGGAGGUUACCGUGGUUCCAAACCUUUGUCUUAUGACUCCAUUGAUGUCUGAAACACUGGCUCGUUCUGCAAACGCAAACUCUAAGACCAACCAUGGCUGCAGAGGUGGCGGUUCGGGUUCUGGUAUGGCAGGACAAUUGAAAUUACAGAACAAACCCCAACAGCAGCCACAGCAGCAGCAGCAGCAACCCUUAAGGAAACAAAGGCGGUGCUGGUCGGCGGAGCUCCACCGCCGCUUUGUUGAUGCCCUUCAGCAGCUUGGAGGAACACAAGCCACUCCUAAGCAGAUAAGAGAACUUAUGCAGGUGGAGGGUCUCACCAAUGAUGAAGUUAAAAGCCACUUGCAGAAAUACCGCCUUCACAUCCGAAAGCUCCCGCCUUCUUCGGCUGCUGGCCAAGGCAAUGACUUACUCGUGCCCUUGGAUCACAGCGGAGAGCAUGCUAAGGCAAACAACGUACAGUCUGGUUCUCCACAGGGUCCUCUCCUCACAGGAGGGUUUGCCAAAGGUCGAUCCACAACUGGAGGCAAGUCGGGUGACAGCAGGGAAGGUGAAGAGGAUGAGAAAUCGGAUGGACAGAGUUGGACAAGUGGGAAUCACAACCACCACCACCACCAAGGAGCUGGAGAUGUAUAGUCUCAUACAAUCAUCAUCCCGCAUGAGUUUUGCAGAUACAAAUAUCCAUGGGGAAAAAUCGAAGUCUCUGGAUUAGGGAAUUAUAAGCGUAUAGUAGUAAUAAGCGGAGAAUUUGCCAUUGUAGAGCAAGUUUCUUCCUCUGGUUCUUUUAUACAGGUUUAUUAUCAUGUAAUGUGCCCUUGAUUAAUGUAGGAAGUAACAUGUUAAUGUUUCCCAACAUGACGUUAUUCAGUUUAAUGUGUUAUUCAAAUUGA